UGAGUAAAAUUUUUAUUUGUUGUCGGAUCUUGUGUGAUGAUGUUGUGUAUUUGUUGCGAAAUUAUGAAUUAAAAAAAGAAAUUCGUGAUGAAUUAUUGUCAAUUAUAAUUCUUUCGUGAUUUGUAGUGUCUGGUUGUGUCAAUUUUCUGGGAAUAUUGGGAAAUGUGCCAACAAUAGUAAAUAUACGCAUAGUUGUUUUUGCGAUACGUAGGCGGCAGAAUGUCUGAUGAACCAGAAGCGAGGAUGUGGGAAGAUGAAGGGACCCGGUAUGAAUCUAGGAGUCGGGGGUCUUAUUUUGAAUCUGCAUUUGCGUCAACAGAACAUCUGGAUAGAGCCCCAUUACUGUCAGAAGAGACGUACAGCGAGGUACAGACUACAUCAACAGAGGAUCACCAUUGUCAUUGGAAGCCACAGAACCAACCGCCAAGUUCAGUACCGCAACUGCUCGCCGCGUUGUUACUCUGUGCUGUGUUUAUGGUGUGCGAGUUAGUGGGAGGGUAUCUGGCAGGCAGUUUAUCAGUGAUGUCUGACGCGGCGCACAUGCUGAGCGACUGCGGGGGCUUCGCCCUAGCACUCUUCGCCUUCAGAUGUGCUCGCAGACCUCCGAAUGCCACCAUGUCGUAUGGAUAUCGACGAGCUGAGGUGUUGGGAGCGAUGGCAUCGGUGCUUUUGAUCUGGGCGUUGACCGGUAUCUUCGUAUACGUGGCGGCGCUGCGCAUACACACGGGAGAGUACAAUAUAAAGCCGGAUAUGAUGAUGAUAGUGUCAGGCUGCGGUGUUGCCUUCAAUGUGGUGCUGGCUUUAGUGUUGCACGGUUGUGCUUCUGAUAUCGCUCACUACCAUUCACACGGUGGCGCUGCGUGCGGACACGCGCACACGCACGAGGAACGGCCACGUAUUGGGUUUAAAAUGUUCCGUCGCUCCAAACAUAAUGGACUAGUGAAUGGAGACUACAGCCUGAAGGAUAUGGCCACUGUAGAGGCUGAUGUUCAUUCACGGACAAAAAAUAUCAAUCUCCGUGCUGCCUUGGUCCAUGUGAUAGGCGAUCUCAUACAGAGCUGCGGCGUGCUGCUCGCCUCUGUACUUAUUAAGUUCUAUCCGGACGCGAAGAUAGUGGACCCUAUCUGCACGUUUGUGUUCAGUGUGCUGGUGCUGCUGACGUCAGCGCGCGUGGUGCGAGACGCCUUGUCUAUGCUCAUGCAGGCUGUGCCCGCUAACUUCAAGUACCGCGAGUGCGUGUGCGCGCUGCGCGGCGUGCGCGGCGUGCGGCACGUGCACUCGCUGCACGUGUGGGCGCUCUCCUCGCACUACACCGUGCUCAGCGCACACAUCGCCAUCGAUGACGUGUCGGAGAGCGAGCGCGUGCUGCAGGAGUGCCAGGCGCUGGCGCGGCAGCAGUUCCAGGUGCAGGCGGCCACGCUGCAGGUGGAGCGCCACGCGCCGCGCGCCGCCUGCGCGCAGUGCCGCCAGCCCGCAGACACGCCCUGACAGCCGCGCACACUCACACGAUGAGCUGGGGUGAAUAAAAGUUCAAACAUAUGAGAAAUAAUAAAUGCCAAAAGUGUAUGGACUAAGUGUAUGGCUAUGAUGGACAAUUGAAACCAAAAAUAAUAUUAAGUAGAAAUCUAUAUAUAAGAAUAAAUAACCUUGAUUGACUCCAAAAAAUGGUAGUUUUAGCUUGUUAAUAUAUGUUAAAUUAUUUAAAAUAUUAAUUAGUAGAUUGUAGGAGUUGUAAAUUGCAGGUAAAAAUACAAAAAAAAUGUAAUAAAAAUGUAUUGAUGACGUCAAAAGUAUUGCAAAAAUUAGCGAGGUAUUAUUUUUAUUUGGACAGAAAAAAUAAAAGUAUUUCACAUUAUGUAAAUAAAAUUUUUUUGUAAAAUUUUUUCUUCAAUAUAAAUUAAAAAAAUUCUAGACAUAUGAGAAAUUAAAUCACAGAAAAUUUCCCUGAUUUUUUUACUUAUUUAAAAGUGCAUUGUUGAAGAAAAAAUCUAGUAUUCUACAAAUUACUAUUUUUUUAAUGUAUAGAAAUAAAUACUCAAAAAUCUAUGAGUUAUUUAAUCUUUUUACUUCGUAGAUAUUUGGAGGCUUUUAAAAUACGGGAUGUUCUAUCACAAAAAACUAAUGUGAUACAGGUUGUUACAUUUUUCAGACCAUUAAAUAUUGAUUUUUAAAUAUUUUUUUGAAAUUAAUUUUGCUCAAAAUAAUUACAUUAUUAAAUGCAUAAUAAUCUAUUGAUAAAUUAGAUUUUAGAAGGAAAAAACCUAAUUGUGCAAUAUAUUCAUACUUUAGUUGAUGAAAUAAGUCUUAAUAAACAUUUUUUGUUGUAGCAAUUUAUAUAAAAUAUAUUAUAUUUUUGUAGUUUUAGGUUAUAUCCA